AGUUUCUUGUUUCUUCGUCUGGCUGUCUCUGUUUCUAAGUGUUGUUGCUGUUGGUUAGGUCGGUUCACGUUUUGCCUCCAACUAUAAUAAUUCUACUCUACAUCGGCCAAGACGAUUCAGAAACAAUAUAACAAUUAUGACCUCUCUUGAAUUAAAUAAUUCUUCUACGCUUUCAAAGCAAGAUUUAGCAACACUAGAUGUGUCUAAAUUGACUGCACUUUCUCCAGAAGUCAUUAGCCGCCAAGCAACAAUCAAUAUUGGUACCAUCGGACAUGUGGCCCAUGGGAAGUCUACUGUUGUAAAAGCAGUUUCCGGAGUUCAGACUGUUCGAUUCAAGAAUGAGUUGGAAAGGAAUAUUACAAUUAAACUUGGCUACGCUAAUGCCAAGAUCUACAAAUGUGACAAUGAGAAGUGUCCGCGGCCAGCAUCCUACAUCUCUGGGGGAUCCUCCAAGGACGACUCCUUCCCCUGUACGAGACCCGCUUGCUCCGGUCGCUUCCAGCUGGUACGACAUGUAUCCUUCGUCGAUUGUCCUGGCCACGACAUUCUUAUGGCUACUAUGCUCAACGGUGCUGCUGUCAUGGAUGCAGCCCUCCUUUUGAUAGCGGGAAACGAGUCCUGCCCCCAGCCGCAGACAUCGGAGCAUCUGGCUGCCAUCGAAAUCAUGAAGCUGAAGCACAUCCUUAUCCUGCAGAACAAGAUUGAUCUUGUCAAAGAAGGCCAAGCCAAAGAACAAUAUGAACAAAUAUUGAAAUUUGUUCAAGGGACCGUCGCUGAGGGUGCCCCAGUAGUGCCAAUCUCUGCACAAUUGAAGUACAACAUCGAGGUUUUGUGCGAGUACAUCACCAAAAAGAUCCCAGUACCCAUUCGGGACUUCUCGUCGCCCCCUCGUCUCAUAGUCAUCCGAUCGUUUGACGUCAACAAGCCUGGCUGUGAAGUUGAUGACCUGAAGGGAGGGGUGGCUGGAGGCAGUAUCCUACGCGGGGUCCUCAAGGUUGGAAUGGAGAUUGAAGUGCGACCCGGCCUUGUUUCUAAAGAUAGUGAGGGCAAACUCACUUGUCGCCCUAUUUUCUCAAGAAUCGUGUCACUUUUCGCCGAGCAAAAUGAACUUCAAUUUGCCGUUCCUGGUGGACUCAUAGGAGUGGGCACCAAGAUAGAGCCGACUCUGUGCCGUGCUGACCGGUUGGUGGGUCAGGUUCUCGGGGCUGUUGGCUGUUUACCUGAAAUCUUCAUAGAGCUAGAGAUAUCCUACUAUCUGCUCAAGCGCCUACUAGGAGUCAGGAUGGAGGGGGAUAAGAAGGGCGCUAAGGUCCACAAACUGUCGAAAAACGAGGUGCUACUAGUUAACAUUGGCUCCUUGUCUACGGGCGGACGUGUGUCCGCUACAAAGGCUGAUUUGGCAAAGAUAAGCUUGACCAAUCCUGUGUGUACCGAGCUGGGAGAGAAGAUUGCUCUUAGUAGACGAGUCGACAAGCACUGGAGGUUAAUCGGUUGGGGUCAAAUUCGGGGUGGAGAAACUAUUCAACCUACUGCAGAUAGACAGUAGAUACUUAUAUAAGAAAUUUUGUUACUUUCUCCAAUAAAGAAUUUAUAAUUACAA